GUGAAAAACCGCUUCAACCGCCCUGCACCCCGCCAUCUUUCUCUCACAACGCUUUCCGCCAAGAAGAACGGACCAUCACUCCUGGCAGCAACAGAAGCAUGCGCAUCGCCUCCUCCUCCCUCCUGCUAGCCAGCUUGGCGCUGGCGGACGCGCUCAAGACGCCUCUCGAGUAUGAGCACGAGUUCUCGGCGUGGAUGAAGACCCACUCCAUCUCGUUUUCGGACGCUCUCGAGUUCGCCAAGCGUCUGGAGAACUACAUCGCCAACGACAUGUACAUCUUGGAGCACAACCUCGAGAACGCCUGGACGGGCGUGAAGCUGGGUCACAACGAGUUCUCCCACAUGUCGUUCGACGAGUUCAAGUUCAAGAUGACGGGCUUCGAGAUGCCCGACGGCUACUUGGAACAGCGUCUGGCCUCGCGCGUAGACGGGCUGUGGACCGACGUGCAAGUGCCUGAGUCUGUGGACUGGCAGGACAAGGGAGGCGUCACGCCUGUCAAAAACCAGGGGAUGUGUGGCUCGUGCUGGGCCUUCUCCACUACGGGCGCUGUGGAGGGCGCGGCCUAUGUAUCGAGCGGCAAGCUGGUGAGUCUGUCGGAGCAGGAGCUGGUGGACUGCGACCAUAAUGGAGAUAUGGGCUGCAAUGGUGGUCUCAUGGACCACGCUUUUGCGUGGAUUGAGGACCACGGGGGUAUCUGUAGCGAGGAUGACUACGAGUACAAGGCCAAGGCUCAGGUAUGCCGCGAUUGCGAGAAGGUUGUUAAGGUCACGGGUUUUCAGGACGUCAACCCACAGGAUGAACACGCACUCAAGGUAGCCGUGUCGCAACAACCCGUCUCGGUGGCUAUUGAGGCUGACCAGAAGGCGUUCCAGUUCUACAAGUCUGGAGUCUUCAACCUCACGUGUGGCACGAGACUGGACCACGGUGUGCUGGCUGUGGGCUACGGCUCGGACAAUGGACAGAAGUUCUGGAAGGUCAAGAACUCGUGGGGAUCGUCAUGGGGAGAGAAUGGCUAUAUUCGUCUCACACGUGAGGAGAAUGGACCUGCUGGACAGUGCGGCAUCGCCUCAGUGCCUAGUUAUCCGUUCGCGACGCUGAUUUCCAAGGACGAACAGACCGAGACUGAGAAGGUUGUGGAGGAGCCAAGAUCAGUCCCUGCCGAUAAUCCCGUGGAGUCGUUCCCUGCUGAAGAACGCGACUUCCGUCCCAUGAACUUGGCUGAUCUGUUCUCCUCGGCGAAGAUCACACAGUGUGGCGAUGUUGGCAGCGCGAUCAUUGACUUCUCGGACCUGGAAGUGACUCCGUCGUCACCUCAGCGUGGCCAGCCGGUUUCGUUCUUUGGCAAUGGUAACGCGAAGCGGGAUUUUGCGUCCGCGAACUUCAAGUUGGGCGUAAAGCUGGCUGGUACGCAGGUGUUUGGACACUCGGGUAAGCUCUGCGGCGACACGCACGUCCCUCUUCCGCUUGGCUUGGGCCACAUCGAUGUGCACGGCUUCGCCUGCCCCAUGAAGAAGGGCAAGUUUUCGGACUUGAAGGUGGACGUGAACCUGCCGAUCAUUGCGCCUGCUGGCAACUACGAGAUCCAGCUGACAAGCGACGAUGACAGCAACAGCCCCUUGUUCUGCGUGAAUGUUGAGCUUGACCUGACCAGUGGUGAAGGUGCUGCGAAGAAGACCCACGUGUACGAACCCAUUUCGUAUAUGUAAACGCUGCCGGGCCUCCAUUCGCCGAAUUGUAUUCCCUCAAAAAACAAUUUCAAAAGCUUUAUAUUUUCUCGCCGACGUGCAAGGUGACUUCUCAACAUAAAACAUGAUUUUUCGAAGUUGCCAUUUUUUAUUCCUGUUACCGUCGACAACCCAUGAAUUUGCAUGUAGUAUGAUUACCAAGCAUAAAUUAUGGUCUUGCGAUGUAGCACCUCA